AUGAUUGACUUCGAAUCACUACUCGAAUUCGAAGAGUCCUUAAGUGAAGGACAGCCAAGUCUCGACCAUUCGGCAAUCUUGCACAAUUUCGAAGCCAAGAUUGACCAUUUGCGAUUCAAGGAAGAACAAGCAGAAGAAGAGGAAGAAAGUGAAGAGUGUGACAGUUCAGCUUCGUCUACAAGUGGUUCACUUUUCUCAGGGGGUGCUCCAUUAUCCUUGAAUGAAAUAAUUGAAUCGUACGAUAUUAGCCAAGAUGAGUUUGCAACUUGUGAUAAAUGUGGAGCCAGCUUAUUCUCCUCAUCAAAACCAUCAGAACCAUCAGAACCAUCAAUUCUAUCCCCACAACCUGACACUCCCCCCACAAAACCAUCCUGCUGUCAAUCAACAAUUACGCGCACCACCACCAUUUCAUCCAACUUGGAAUCCCUCUACUGGACAAGCUUCAUCGACAACCCCACCAGAACCGUAAACACCCUCCCACACUACACCGAGCUCGUUUUGAAGCAAGGCAUACCAAACUGCAUUCGAUCCCAUAUCUGGCGCCAGAUUUUCUUACUCUGCCACACAAAAGUACCCAAAUCCAUCAGCCUUGUCUUUAACAAUUUCCAACACUCGUAUAGUGUCGAAGUGUCGCAACAGAUAUCGAAAGAUUUGACGCGGACGUUCCCGCAAAUUGGGUUUUUCCAACAAGGUACAACGAGUAAUGAGUUGUCUACGAUUUUGAAUGUGUAUGCUAAUUACGAUUUGGAGUUGGGGUACUGCCAGGGGUUAUUGUUUCUCGUUGGUGUAUUAUAUCAUCAUUUGCAAUGUUCCAAAUUGACAUUUUAUGCAUUGACGACAAUCAUGGAGACUGAGCUGGAACUACACGAUAUAUUCACAGCAAGACACAUGUCGAGCACUUUACUGCUCUGGUUUCAUCAAUUUAGCCUCAUUUUGCAAACUGUGGAUCACCAAUUGUACACGCAUUUGAUACUGGAGUGUCAAGUGGACAUGCGGACAUUCCUCUAUCAGUGGUGGCUAUCUUUCAUGUCGUCACACACUGCCAACUUAUCUGUCAUUAAUCGGGUGAUGGAUUUUUGUCAAUUUCAAGGAUGGAAAGUGGGUAUGAUGAAGAUUAGUUUGGGGUUGUUGAUUGUGAAUAAACCCAUUUUGAUGACGUUGGAAUUGGGAGAUGAGGAAGUUGUGUAUCAGCACUUGCUUAAUGAAACAAAAUGGGGCACCGUUGCUAAUGAUUUGGAUUUGUUCUUUGGUGACUUGUUGUUUACAUGGCGGGAUGAAUUGUUUGUAAGACCUUCUACAACGGUGCCAUUGAAGCAACAGCAACAGCAACAGCAACAGCAACAGCAACAGCAACAAUCGUUGCAAGAUACAGAAUUGAACUUUACUUCCUCGUCUUUGCCAGUCGCUACAACGCCAGCAUCGUCUUUGCUCAACACAUUCAAGUCACUUUCCUUAAACAUGAGACUGAAAUCACCACUGAAGGUUCAAUCCAGCAGUACUCCUAGGUCGCCAUAUACUGGAUUCACCCGCGACCGAUCAAACACCGCUUCAUCCAACAACUCUGCACUCAACAAUUCAACAAUCACAUCCACAACAUCCAUCUUUUCCACCUUAUCUGCAUCUGGUGCAACUAGCUCCACACACAGUGGCAUCCAUCAUCAUCAUCAUCAUCAUCAGCAUCAUCACCACCACGUAGUUUCCAGCAACAAGAAUGCUGAAUUAGACUCGAUCUAUUCCGACAUUAGUGAGGUCAGUAGCCAGCACAGUGGCAAUGACGUCAAGUCAUUUGCUGACUACUUGAAGUUGCCCUCCUUUGGGUCAGGAUCAAGUGGCAAUAACAAACAGACUGAGUUUGCUACUGGCAACUUAAGCAAGAGCAGCUCCCAUAGUCAAAGUCAAGAAUCGUUGUUGAUGAAUGAGAAUGAAGCGUUGAAAUAUCUACUUAAGCAAGCAUAUGAUAAGUUGGGUGACUCAAGUGUCUCUAAUGAAGAGGUUGAGCAUUUGAAACUGCAAAUUGAGGAAAUGGUGAUGUAA